AUGCCAUUAGUCAUAAGGAAUUGUCCGCAUCUGGUCAACUGCGGCGAUCUCGCCUUCAUCGAGGCAGUGAUGGCUCGGGAAGAGCGUUUUGCAAAAUGUAGUGACUGCGACACUCCAGGGCCCAAUCUUUGGCUCUGUCUGUUCCCCGACUGCCGUUGGAUCGGUUGCGCGGAAACGCACCUCGACCACAGCACCAUUCACAAUCAGAACUUCCCGACUCACUGCGUUCACAUGAAUCUGUCGACCAACAGGAUCUGGUGCUAUGCUUGCAAGAGCGAGGCAAUCGCCAAGCAUGUUCCAUCACCUCCUUUAUCACCGACACAAGUAGAGUUUAAAACUAUGGGUAACAAAUUCGCCGGGGACACUUCUGGUAGCAUCGAGUCUAAGUUUGAUGGCUUAGACAGGUUGAUGUUUGACAAGUUUUAUGGAGAUUGGUCAAUAAAUAGAAUCAAUUCAGAGAAAGGAAGUUCAUUUAACGAACGAUCCGGGGAUUCUCCCGAUAGUACAGACUCAGAAGAAAGCAAGGACUUUUCUGGGAAGCCAAGAGGUCUAGUGGGUUUACAGAAUAUUGGCAACACGUGUUACAUGAAUGCGGCACUACAAGCCUUAUCUAAUGUGUCUCCUUUAACCCAAUUCUUCUUGGAUUGCGGCCAUAUGGUCAGUUACAUGUCGAAAGACAGGAAACCCGGACUUAGUUUAAACUAUCUGAAUCUUAUUCGAGAUAUGUGGAAUAAGAAAACCAGAGGAUAUGUCGUGCCGCAUGGUAUCCUUUCAGGCAUUAGGACGGUACAUCCAAUGUUUAGAGGAUACCAUCAACAUGACACACAGGAAUUUCUCAGAUGUUUCAUGGAUCAGCUACACGAAGAAUUGAAGGAGCAUAUUGAGGAUGACAGGGACGUACAGCUGCGGUUGAAAGGAUUGGGAGAUCAGUCUUCGGAGGAUGAGGAUGAAACUGAAAUCGACGGUAACGCAUCCAGUCAGUCCGACGCCGAAUAUGAAACUUGUGAUUCAGGUGUGAGCGAACAAAGCUCUCUGAGCGAUGAAGGUGAACGCGGCACAAAGAGACGUUAUUCUCGCGUGUCGCAGACGGAGAAGUUACGAAACAAAUUCACCAGUAGAAACAUGAAAAAAUCAAACGUUGAACCGAUGUUGCCGUUUGUUCCGCCACAACGGUCUCCACAAAACUCUCCGGCCAAGCAUCGCACCAAGAAACAAAUGAAAACGCGUAGCAUCAUCAGCGAUACUUUCGAUGGCAAACUCCUGAGUAGCGUGCAGUGCUUAACAUGCGAUCGAAUUUCUACUCGGGUAGAGACAUUCCAGGAUUUGUCCUUGCCAAUCCCGAGUAGAGAUCACAUCGACAUGUUGCAUCAGGGAUCGCUGACGCCACAAAAGGCUGGCCCAUGCUCGGACGUAGUUUACGUAACUAAUCAGUCAGGUUGGCUGUCAUGGUUUUUGCAAUGGAUGCGUUCGUGGUUCUGGGGACCAGUGGUCAGUUUACAUGACUGCCUCUCAGCAUUUUUUAGUGCCGACGAACUUAAAGGCGACAACAUGUACAGUUGUGAGAAAUGCAAUAAGCUGCGCAAUGGUAUCAAGUUCUCCAAAGUCUUGGAAUUGCCUGAGAUAUUGUGCGUUCAUUUGAAGAGGUUUCGCCAUGAACUAAUGUUCAGCUCAAAGAUUGCCAACUAUGUUUCAUUCCCUCUCGAAGGUCUCGAUAUGAGACCUUACUUGCACAAAGAAUGCGUGUCCAAGAUUACUACUUACAAUCUGAUAUCGGUCAUUUGUCAUCACGGUACAGCUGGCGGUGGCCAUUACACCUGUUAUGCACUGAAUCCCAUCGCCAACAAGUGGUACGAGUUCGAUGACCAGUGUGUCACGGAGGUAUCACCGGAAACGGUAAAACAUUGCGAGGCAUAUGUACUGUUCUACAAAAAAUGGUCGCCAGAGAUAUUACAGUUGCGCGAUAAAACCAUGGAGUUGAUGGAGAUAUCAUCCCGCGAGGUAUCCGAUUUAAAUUUUUUCGUGUCUCGACAGUGGAUCAACCGCUUUAAUACAUUUUGUGAGCCUGGUCCGAUUGAUAACUCUGACUUUCUGUGUCCGCAUGGGGGAGUAAUACCUGUUAGAGCACAAUUUGUCGACAAGAUUAGUAUGCCCAUACCGCAAGCAGUUUGGGAAUACUUGUAUAAUGCGUAAGCCUCUGACUAUGGACAUUUUCUCUGGUCGACGAUGACAUACGAAUGUCCGACCUGCGAAGAAAAGUACGAAUCCUUGCAAAAACGUAGACAGUACGAAAUGGAACUAUUCCAACGGUUAAACACCGAUAAUCCUACAGCCAUUUAUGCGUUGGCUAUGGCAUGGUUGAGACAGUGGCAGAGCUUCGUCCGAGGCAAAGAAACUCAGCCACCAGGACCAAUCGAUAAUAAUUCCAUCGUUGUAAAUAAAAAUGGACAAAAUAGUCUUAAAGUUGGCUCGGAUUAUGGCCAGAUCCCUGAAGAAUUGUGGCAAUUUUUUUUGACUACGUAUGGCGGUGGACCAGAGCUAAUGCUGCAUUCAUGUCAACGACCGGUGCCCGCUCAGCCUAACGUUUCUGUACAUUCCGCGUCAAAUCCAAAUUUGAUAGAUCCGAAUCUUAAAUGCAAUCGCGUAGAGGCUAAGUCUAACAAACUUUGUAUGACUAGAAGCUCGGAAACGAUUUCACAACAGGAUAGCGCGAUCGAGAGCCUAAUUUCAAGCAGCGACUCCCAUCAGACGCAAAGGGAUGUUUGCGAGUGAGUAGGCUGUAUGAAUUGCGAUUUCGUAGUCUUGUUCAUCACACGACGAAUAUUUCCAUUGGUUUUUUUAGUUUGGUCUUUAAGUGUUUAAGCAAUCAGAUUUUAAUCUACUUUUUUCUAAAUUCCAUGCUUUUGAAAUUUCAC